GGGUAAAAGGGGAAAUCUGGGGUUUGGCGGGGGCUCUGGAUUCCCCAGCCUGUGGCACAUCCCACUGCAAGCCCUGAUUUUUGGGGGGGGGGGACGACACGGCCGCCCCUGUGUGUCCCCCCCAGCCACACAACAGCCUGGGGGCCCCGUGCCCCCCCAUUUAUCUUUUUUGGGGGGGGGAGUAGCUAAAGGCUGCAGUGGGUGCGCCCCCCCCAUUUAGAUCUUCAUCACCCCCCCCCAGGGGAAGGAGCCGCUGUGGGGGUACCCGAUGUGGGAAGCGGGGGGGGCUGCAUCCCCGCACCCCCAUCCCUCUGGUUGGAGCGGCGGGGGCGGCCGCCACCAUCCCUCGUGUCCCCCCCGCCACCAUCCCUCCCCACUCCUCCUUCCUCCUCCUCCUCCUCCUCCUCUCGCUCCCGUCACCGCGGGGGCCAGGCCUUGGGCUCCAUCGUCACCGUCAUCAUCUUGUCCCUCUCUCCGUGUGUGUCUGUGUGUGUCCCCCCCCCCGCCCCGAAAACCCGCCGAGCUCCAUGGUGCGGGAAGGCGACAUGGCCCGAACCCCUUACAGCUCCACGCAGGACAUCCAGAUGGACGUCUUGGACAACGCCACCCUCCAGGGCAAGUACAGCAAACGCAAGAGCCGCUUCAAGCGCUCGGACGGCAGCACCUCGUCCGACACCACCUCCAACAGCUUCGUGCGGCAGGGCUCGGCGGAGUCGUACACCAGCCGCCCGUCGGACUCGGACGUGUCGCUGGAGGAGGAUCGGGAGGCGCUGCGCAAGGAGGCCGAGCGCCAGGCCAUGGCGCAGCUGGAGAAAGCCAAGACGAAGCCGGUGGCGUUUGCCGUGCGGACCAAUGUCGGCUACAACCCAUCGGCCGGCGACGACGUGCCGGUGCAGGGCAUGGCCAUCUGCUUCGAGCCCAAAGAUUUCCUGCACAUCAAGGAGAAGUACAACAACGACUGGUGGAUCGGGCGGCUGGUGAAGGAGGGCUGCGAGGUCGGCUUCAUCCCCAGCCCCGUCAAGCUGGAGAACAUGCGGCUGCUGCAGGAGCAGAAGAUGAGGCAGAACCGCCUGAGCUCCAGCAAAUCAGGGGACAACUCCAGCUCCAGCCUGGGUGACGUGGUGACCGGGACCCGCCGGCCAACCCCCCCGGCCAGCGCGAAGCAGAAGCAGAAGUCGGCAGAGCACGUGCCCCCGUACGACGUGGUGCCCUCCAUGCGGCCCAUCAUCCUGGUGGGGCCAUCACUGAAGGGCUACGAGGUCACGGACAUGAUGCAGAAAGCCCUCUUUGACUUCUUGAAGCAUCGCUUUGAUGGCAGGAUCUCCAUCACGCGGGUGACGGCCGACAUCUCCCUGGCCAAGCGCUCCGUGCUCAACAACCCCAGCAAACACACCAUCAUCGAGCGCUCCAGCACGCGCUCCAGCCUGGCCGAGGUGCAGAGUGAGACCGAGCGCAUCUUCGAGCUGGCGCGGACACUGCAGCUCGUGGCCCUGGACGCCGACACCAUCAACCACCCGGCCCAGCUGGCCAAGACCUCCCUGGCCCCCAUCAUCGUCUACAUCAAAAUCACCUCUCCCAAGGUGCUGCAGCGGCUGGUGAAGUCCCGGGGCAAGUCGCAGGCGAAGCACCUCAACGUGCAGAUGGUGGCAUCCGACAAGCUGGCGCAGUGCCCGCCCGAGAUGUUCGACAUCGUGCUGGACGAGAACCAGCUGGAGGAGGCCUGCGAGCACCUGGCCGAGUACCUGGAGGCCUAUUGGAAGGCGACGCACCCCCCCAGCAGCAACCCCCCCAACCCGCUGCUCAACCGCACCAUGGCCACGGCCGCCCUGGCCGCCAGCCCCGCGCCCGUCUCCAACCUGCAGGGUCCGUACCCGGUGCCGGGGGAGCACGGCCGCCUCCGGCAGGGCCCGGCCGAAGGGGGGGGCCACGGGCAGGGCCCCCCCGUCCCGCCGGCCCCCCGCAGCCUGUCCCGCCAGGACACCUUCGACUCGGAGCCCCCGGGCGGCCGGGAGGACUCGUGCUGCAUGGACAUCGACAUGGACCCCGGGGACGAGGAGCCACAGCCCCCCCCAAACCACCAGCACCCCCCUGGUGCCGAGGACGAGAGCCGGGGGCCGCGGGGACGAGCCAAAGGGCAGGACCGCUAUGGCCCCCCCCGCCCCGCCGGAGCCCCUGGAGCAGGGCGAUGCGGGGGGCUGGGGCCAGGACGUUUACAUCCGUUAGGGUGGGGGGUGCCCCCCCAGUGUUGGUUUUGGGGUGUGGGGAAGCCCCACCGGUUGCCUUUGUGCCCCCCCCCCGAGCCUAAAUGUGCUGUAGGGAGCCCCAGCUUUGCCCUGGGGGCUCCCCCUGCCCCACUCAUUGCUGUGGGGGGGUCACCCCCCCACCACAGCCCCCCAACAUCUCACGGUGCCUCGGGCCCUCCCCACCCCACAGGGAGAGCAAGUGACCAAAGGGGACCCUCGCGUGUCCCCGUCCCCUGGGCACAGGGUGUGGGGGGGCCGUGUGUCCCCCCCAUGUCCCCCCGCUUCUCCAUGGUGCUGUUUGCCACAGGGGGGACCCCUGGCCUGGUGGUGGCAGUGGGGGGGUCCCUGUCAGCUGUCCCCCCUCCAGCCAGUGCCUGCAGCCUGGCACUGCCCCCCCCGCAGGGCUGUGACCCACAGCCCCCCCGUGCCCCCCAACAGCUGGGGGGGGGUGCAUGCGUGUGGUGUGGCUUUGGGGUGCCCGCCCCGGGGUGCUGCCUGCCAGGGGCGGGGGGGCAGUUUGCAUGUGUUUGCCUUGGAGGGGCUCUGCCUGAAUUUUGGGGUGGGGGGGGCAAAUCUGAGCCAGUCUGGGGGGGUCUAACACGUGCUAACAGCUGCCCAGCCUGGCCUGCCAUGGCAGCAGCCCAGGGUCCCUCUGCCCUGGGGGAGCCCCCAUGCUGCCCCCCCUUUCCCUGGGCACACUGGUGUGUGCCAGUUCCCCCCCCCGCCACAUCUGUCCGCUCUCAGUCCAUCCGGCUGUGUCUGUCCGUCUGUCUGUGAGUCUGUCUGUCCAUGUCACCCCCCCCCCCCCCAGCACUCCGGGGCAUUGCCUUGUCCCGCGCCCACCCCGAGGUGUCCCUUGUCCCCCCUGUCUCUGUGGGGGUGACCACACCAGGGUGACCCCCCCCAGGGCGAUGCUGGGGGUCCCUGGGGUUGCUGCCUUACCCAGACCACCAGCCUUGCAACCCCACGCCAAGGGGGGGCGCUCAGGGGCACCCAGCUGCUGCCAAGCUGCCUCUGCCCAUUGCGUGCCUCAGUUUCCCCCUUUUCUUGUGGGGGGGUGGAACUCAGUGUCACUGCCCGCCAAGUGCUUUGAGACACACCUGCCCCCGCAGCAGCCGGGGUCUGGCCAGUGGGGCCCCCCCACCCCGGGCGGAGGAACGUCCCUUAUUUAUGUCACUCCACAACCUUUAUUUAAAAAGACUCGACAAAGUGUAUUUUAUUUAUUUAUUCUCAUGGGUGUGUGGGGGGACUCGCCCCCCUCGCUUGGUUCUUUGUAAUAAACAUUUCGGUGAGACCUGC